GAGGUCCACUAAAAUACGCUGGUAUCAGAAAAUAUCAUUUCUCGAAGCCGCAGGAGGACCAGUCAUCAGUAGAGUUUUUGCCCAUUUUCUUGCAUACCCAGAGAGAUGGGAAGCUCGAGCGCUAUAAUCCCCAAUCUCAAUCUCAACAACCCUCGCUGUUUCAAAUGCCUAAAUUCAAAAUUAUCGAAUCAAAGAGCUAGCUUGAAGCUGUUCCAAAGAAAACCCAGGUUGGCUUUCCCAAGCAGAAGGAGAUUCAGCAGCCUAGUUUGCUCUGCUGUUGAAGAUGCCACGGAGAAACAACAAUCUGCUGUUGAAGAUAGGCUUGAUGCCCCCGAAGAAAAUAUAUUUCGGAAUGAUGAACCAGAUCUGGAAGGGAGUGCUAUUUAUAAUUUGCUUUAUCCCAGUAAAGAGCUUCUCCCAGAUGAUAAAGAAAUGAGUAUUUUUGACCAUUUAGAGGAGUUGCGGGAAAGACUCAUUGUUUCAGUCUUGGCUGUUGGUGGUGCUAUGGCGGGAUGUUUUGCUAUCUCAAAGGAACUUAUAUUGUUUCUCGAAGCUCCCGUUAGUGCACAGGGUGUUCGGUUUUUACAACUAGGUCCCGGUGAAUUUUUCUUCACAACACUAAAGGUGUCGGGAUAUUGUGGCCUCCUUCUAGGAAGCCCCGUUAUUCUCUAUGAGAUCAUAGCCUUUGUUCUUCCAGGUUUAACAAAGGCAGAACGAAGAUUCCUCGCACCAAUUGUCCUAGGAUCCUCCGUACUUUUCUAUGCCGGAAUUGUCUUCUCAUAUUAUGUUCUCACUCCAGCAGCUUUAAAUUUCUUUGUUAAUUAUGCGGAAGGGGCUGUGGAAUCAUUGUGGUCCAUUGAUCAAUACUUUGAAUUUGUGCUCGUGCUCAUGUUCAGCACAGGACUAUCUUUCCAGGUUCCGGUUGUGCAGCUGCUUCUGGGGCAAACCGGUCUAGUAUCUGGGGAUCAAAUGCUGUCGAUUUGGAGAUAUGUGGUGGUAGGAGCCGUGGUUGCAGCUGCUGUGCUUACGCCAUCGACAGACCCCCUCACUCAGGUUUUGCUUGCCGGCCCGCUUUUGGGGCUUUACUUGGGUGGAGCAUGGGUGGUAAAGCUUUCUGGGAAAUAGAUGGAGCAAAAAAUCUGUUCCAAGCAGCUCAGAGAUGCCCAGGUCCUCAAAUAUGAUCCGUGGAUUUAUGUAGCAUAGAAUGUAUACUGGAGCAUAGUAUAGAUAGCCUUUCAUUUACUCUAUUCUUGUCAUGAUAUUUGUUUUUCCUUUCUUGUUUAAUGUGAAAGUUUGUUACCACUGUAAAAUAAAGAGUUUUCAAGGCCUCUGCAAUAUUGCUUUCA